CCAGCCGCCGGCCGCGCCGCCGCCGCUGCUGCUGCCGCCCCACAAGAGGAUGAAGAAGCGGAAGGAGCUGAACGCCCUCAUCGGCCUGGCCGCCGACGGCCGCAGGAAGAAGCCCGCCAAGAAGGGCUCGGGCCACCGGCUGCUGCGCACCGAGCCGCCCGCCUCCGACUCCGAGUCCAGCUCCGAGGAGGACGAGUUCGCCGGGGCGCGGGGCCGUUGCGGCAAGGGAGACUAUCUACGAUGCUGCAAAUUCUGUUACCCAUUAUGUGCGUUUGUCAUUCUUGCCGCUUGUGUGGUAGCAUGCGUUGGCUUAGUCUGGAUGCAGGUGGCUCUCAAGGAGGAUCUGGAUGCAAUAAAGGAGAAGUUUCGAACUAUGGAAUCUAAUCAGAAGACAUCAUUCCAAGAAAUUCCUAAACUGAAUGAAGAUUUGGUGCAGAAGCAAAAGCAACUAGAACAAAUUGAGACUGGAGAACUGGGGCUAAAUAAAAUUUGGAUAAAUAUCACAGAGAUCAAUAAACAGAUAUCACUAUUAACCUCAACAGUAAAUCAUCUCAAAAACAACAUAAAGUCUGCUUCUGAUCUGAUUUCUCUUCCUCUCACAGUAGAGAAACUUCAGAAGACUGUAGCAAACAUAGGCAGCACGCUUACCAGUGUUUCUCAUGAUGUUGAAAAUAUACAGACAGCCAUUGAAGAAUACAAGAAAUCCAUAGAAAUACUCCAGAAUGAUGUGAAGGAAUUAAAACAGAUACCUUCACUUCCUUCCACUAUUGUGCCAUGGACUGAGAGAAAUCAGACCGAAAAUUGCAAAAAGGAAAGCCAGUCACUGCAUGCAGCUUUGGAAGAGCUAAAUAAUACUGUAGUGGUGUACCAAAAGUUGAAUGACAUCAAGCUUCUAAAUGUGGAUUCAGCCAUUGGUAACCUUAGCCGGAGGGUUAUGCUGUUAGAAAACUCUCCCCUUGCUGUGAAUAAUCUGGACAAAAGAGAGAACUUGUCUACCAAUGUGGCGAAUGAUGCAACUACCUCUCUAAAAGUAGAAAAUGAAGAUCAACUAGAUAAUGAAACUCAUUCAAAUAAAGAACUGAAGGAAACAGGACCUAGAGAUUCUCAGGUAUCAAAACUAAAAGAGAAGCUUCAGCUGAUCAGUGCUCUCACAGGCAAGCCAGAAAAUGACAAACCCAUUGAGACAUCAAAGAAUGUUGAAAGUAGUCUGAGUACUACAGCAAAGCCCACAGACCUUUCAAGGCUGGCUUCAAGGUCAGCUGAUGACAUCACAGAGAGUAAUGGACAGCUGAGACAUCUGUCCUUACCAGGAAUUUCCAGCAUCAGAGAUCUUCAGAAUUUGUUUGAAAAAGCAACUGAAGAUACUGGUGGAAAACUAUCAUAUGAAGAUCUUCAAAAGCUGCUUGGCUCUACAGCCCAAGAGUCACAGAGCUUUAAGAAAUUUGACACAGAUGGAGAUGAGAAAUACUCAUUACAAGAACUGAGAUUAGCAUUAGGUGUAUAGGAUAUAUAUUUAGAAAUGUGAUAUCAAUGGAUGCUACUGUAGCUAAAGGAAACUACGGGACAUGAAAAACUAUGUCUGCACUUUUCCAGUGUUUUACUGAUCUUUGGAGCUAAAUUACUGUACACAUUGCCACCUCUUUUUUCAUUUGCAUUUAUUGAAAAGAAAUUUGCAAAUUUAUAUGUUCAUAGGACAUAAUAUUGGGACUGUGUUAAAAUCCAGAAAAUUCCCAAAGUUGGAAACAUUUUCCCCUCAUUGUUUCCCUUUCAAGGGACUUCUUGUUUUUAAUUUAAAAUGUGUACAUACUAAAAUAAAACUAUGGUUUUAUAUUUCACUGAAAUUUGCCUUAAAUUAGAGAGCUGCACUUUAUGUAGAGCAGAAGGAAAUCUGUCUUGUAAAGGUGGGCUGCUUCUGCUUGUAAAUAUUUGAGACAGAGUAAAUUAUGCAUAUUUAAGGGGAAGUUUGUGUCAGGAGAUGUGUUGGUAAUAAGCUGUUUACAAUGAGAGGCUGAGCCUAAAAGGGAUGGUUAAGAGCUUCGGCUAAACUUCUAAUUUUGACUAAGUAUAUCCAUGAAUGAGUUUGGACUCAGUCAGAGGAAAACAGGAGUGGUAAAUCAUGCCCAUCUAUAUAGCAGGAUUUAUUUUUAGAGGGAAGAGUUGAAAGUGUUUUUAUAUCAUAAGCCUACAGGAGCAAUUACCUACCAAGUGCUUGGGUUUUCACUUCAGCAUUCUUUUAGCUUUGCUGUAUUGCAUCCAGGUUACAUUUUGUGAGAUGAGCCUUUCUGUUUUUCAAAAAAAGAAA